CUCUCUCUCUCUCUCUCUCUAAGUGGUGGUUGCGCACAUGGCUGAAGUAAGAACACAUGGCUUCGUUUACGCUGGCAAGAAGAGGCCGGGCUACAAUGGCGCCGAUCGCGGCAAGGACGCGAUGGUGGCCAAGAAAUCGAUAACGCCUGCCCUGGCGGCAACGGUGUGGGAGGACCCGGCGGCGGCGCUGGCAAGCGCGAGGCACGAGUUCGGAGAGCACGGAGGGGUGAACAUGUCGAUCGAGGCGUCGACCACCUUCACGGUGAUGGAGCCAGAGACGAUGCAGCGCAUGUUCGCCGGGGAGCUCGGUCCCGACCGCGACUUCUUCAUCUACAGCCGCCACUUCAACCCAACCGUGUUGAACCUCGGCCGUCAGAUGGCCGCCCUCGAAGGAACCAAAGCCGCCUAUUGCACCGCUAGCGGGAUGUCCGCGAUAUCAUCGGUGCUAAUGCAGCUGUGCAGCAGCGGGGGACACGUGGUGGCAUCCAGGACGCUGUACGGCGGGACCCACGCUCUCCUGACCCACUUCCUCCCGAGGGCGUGCAACAUCGCGACGUCGUUGGUGGACAUCCGGGACCACGCCGCGGUGGAGGCCGCCAUGGUCCGGGGCCGGACCAAGGUGCUCUACUUUGAGUCCAUGUCGAACCCGACGCUGACUGUGGCCGACAUACCGGAGCUUUGCAGGUUGGCCCAUGACAAGGGAGUGACGGUGGUGGUCGACAACACUUUUGCGCCGAUGGUCCUGUCCCCGGCCCGUCUCGGCGCCGACGUGGUGGUGCACAGCAUCUCCAAGUACAUCAGCGGAGGGGCGGACAUCAUCGCAGGCGCGGUCUGCGGUCCGGCGUAUCUGGUGAACUCGAUGAUGGACCUCCAUCAAGGGGCGUUGAUGCUCCUUGGUCCGACCAUGAAUGCCAAGGUCGCGUUCGAGCUCUCCGAGAGGAUCCCCCACCUAGGCCUCAGGAUGAAGGAGCACUGCCACCGGUCCCUCGCCUUCGCGACCCGACUCAAGAAGAUGGGCCUCAAGGUCAUAUACCCGGGCCUCGAGGACCACCCAGAGCAUGCGCUCCUCAAGUCAAUGGCCAACAAGGACUAUGGUUACGGCGGCAUCCUGUGUGUCGACAUGGAGACGGAGGAGCGUGCCAAUCGGCUGAUGCACCACCUCCAGAACGUCACGCGGUUCGGGCUCAUGGCCGUGAGCCUGGGGUACCACGAGACGCUCAUGUCGUGCUCGGGGAGCAGCACGAGCAGCGAGUUGAGCAGGGGGGAGCAGGCUCUGGCCGAAAUCUCUCCGGGGCUCGUGCGCAUUUCGAUCGGGUACACCGGGACGCUAGAGCAAAGGUGGGACCAGCUCGAGCAGGCGCUCGCUAGGAUGAGCGAGGAUGGGUUGCUCAACAAGAAUUACUCCAUUAUUGAAGGAUGAGAUAAAUAUGACACAAAAUAGAGAAGAAACAGAUGAUUGGGGAAAUCUAUAAAAAGUGUAUUACUUAGAGAGACCUUUUAUAGAAGGCUCUAUUUAUAAUACAAUGUAUUGACACAAUAAAGGAAAAUAUAUAUAGAAGAUACUUUCCUAAUUGUACACGAUUGAAUUCCCAAUU